AUGGCUGAGGCCGUUGGUUUAGCCGCUAGUAUCGCUGGUCUUGUGCAACUUACAGGGUCUGUCUUUAAACAAGUGACCAAGUUCUGCAAGGAAGCCAAAGAUGCUCCGUCAAAAGCCCAAGAACUUGCCAGCCAGACAAGAGAUCUCGCUGGAAUUUUUGAAAACCUGAGAUUGUUGGCUUCGGCAUUGGAAGACCGAGACUCGAAUUCGGCGCUCAAACCACAGCAUCUUGAGUCGUGUGAGAAGACGUUGAAGGAGAUCAAUAGCAAGCUUCACAAAGCACUGUCUGACUUUGAUGGUGGCAAGUCAGCGAGACGUUUUGUUCGAAGAUUAAAAUGGCCAUUCUCACUACAGGAAACGAAAGAUUUGGUGGCUGAUCUCGCGAAUCAUCGCGCCAAUCUUCACUUGGCACUCUCCGCAGACAGUAUGGACGCUUUGAUGAAGAGUCUGGCUAAGCAGGAUGAAAUCCAUAACAUGAUCGAAAGGAGGAUCAGUUUUGAGACUCGAGUUGAGCUUAACAAGAGACGCAAAGAGGUCAUGAACUUCUUUCUACGCGUGAAUCCUCAGGACUAUCUCGAUGUUAGCCGCGAGCUGCGACAUGAAGCUACUGGGUCUUGGCUUACUAGCGACGAUUCUACGUUUGAAAAGUGGAAGAAUGGAUCAAACUCGAAAUUGUGGCUUAGCGGAAUUCCAGGUAACGGAAAGACUGUUCUGUGUGGACUUGUCAUUGAGACUGUUCUUGAGCAGAGUGACGAUCUUACAGCAGUCUGCUUUGCGUUCUGCGACUAUAAGAACCCAGACUCUUGCCUGCCUGAAAACAUUCUGGCAGCCCUUGCAGUCCAGCUUGGUCUCCAAGGUGAAGAAGCCUUUGAUCUGCUCGAAGAAUACUUCGACAUGCUCCAUCCGGAUGACAAGCUCCCCACACAGCCAAGGCUGGACGAUCUUGUUGAACUUGUUGGAUGCAUAUCCGAAAUCUAUGAAAAAGUCUUUAUUGUAGUCGAUGGGAUAGACGAAUGCGGCGAUCAGGUAGCUCGUAUGACCCGGUCACUGAGGGCUGUAGUGGAAGGAUCUGAGACCAUCAGCUCUGCAUUGUUCAGCCGCAAAGAGGAGGAGAUCCGCGAGCAACUUUCUGAGGAGUUUGAACACAUUGAGGUCUCAGCUCAUGUGAAAGACCUGAAAGACUACACGCUUGCAGAAGUCAGUAGGCGUAAAGUCCUGAAAAACAUCGAAAGAACGAAUCCCGAUCUCUACAAGGAUAUACUCCAUGCUUUGGUUCACGGAGCUCAAGGAAUGUUUCGAUGGGUCGCUUGUCAGAUUGAUCAUAUUUGCAAUCUUCCCAAUAAUAAAGCCCGAAGAAAGGCUCUCAGCGAACUGCCCCCAACCCUGAACGAGACAUAUGAUCGAGUUCUUCAGAGAGUCAUGCAAUGCCCACCUCAAACACAAGACUGCAUUCGAAGAGCUCUCCAGUGGACAGCACUAGGAUCACCGAAGAUGAAUAUCGCCAGCUUAUGCGAAGCAGUCUCAUUUCAGGAGGGUAUGGAUGUCUUUGAAGCCGACGAUAUUAUCGAACCAGAAAUCAUCUCCCGUAACUGUGGCUGCCUGCUACGCAAGUCUCUGGAUGGUAAUUACUUUGAGUUUGCCCACUUUACCGUCUUGGAAUACUUGGAACGGACUGAAGUUGGUGAUUUUCAGUACUCUGAAGUCACUGCUUAUCAAUCAUUCGUGCAAGCUUCAAUUGGCUAUCUGUUGCUUCCGCACUUCGAUCGGGUGCCGACUAUCAUUGAUACAGUCGAGGAAGCCUACGCUAAAGAGAGGAAUCAAAAGCACCCGUUCUACAAGUUCGCCACGUAUACGCCUCUCGGAGUACAAGGAAGCACAAGUACCUAUCCCAUGCACUUAAAGGUCAUGGAAGAAGAACCCGUUCUGGAACUUCUCAAGCGCCUCUUCGAUAUCCACAAGACCGGCAACUUUAGAGCAUGGGCUCAUACAGUGCUGUCUGGGGGACAGAACGAACUGUCGACUAUGCAUCAACUUUCCAACGGCCCCCUUCACUUCGCGGUGUUAAUACUAAGCCCCAAGUUGUGUCAGUUCCUUAUUGACAGUGGCGUUGACGUAAAUGUUGUGCGAGAUAACUCUACCCCAUUGGCCAUGACUAUCGCUCUGAAAGAUGAAGGGUUUCUCGGUGGAAAGAUGAAAGAUCCUCAGGUUAUCGACUGUAUGAUUCGCACAAUUAAUGUUCUACUGGAUAACGGCGCUGAUACUGCAUUUCCCAUCAUGGGCCAUAGCUGCAUGGCUUAUGCCAUUGAUUCAUUGGACAGCCAUUAUCUUCUUCAAUUCAUCCGUCCAACGUCUGCCGUACCGGAGGAUGCAGUCACGGCCUUUUCAAAUUUCGAGUGGAAAGGUGAAUCUGAUGACUUGGUGCUCAAGGCUAUUCUUAAGUUAGCUGUUGGGGAAGAAGCUUGUCCUCAGUGGCAACCGCUGGCAUCGACUGCGCUCUCUUUCUCUCGUGGACGUGGGCUCAAGUUGCCGAGCAUGGCUCCCAGUUCUACGUCUUACAAUUAUAGCGACCUGGAGUACCGGCAAGCACUUGAGAUUGCUUCCAGAUUUGGACUGGUCGAAGAACUGUCGACACUCAUCUCAGAUCCACGUUAUGGCAGCGCUAUUGUUAAGCCGACCGAUUUCGAGCUGCUGAGCGCCGCAACAAGAAGCACAUCGGCCAACAAGGGCAAGAUAAUCGAGAUGCUUCUUGAGUCUGGCAUUGAUCCAAAUGUCUGUAGUACUGCUGGACAGAAUUGUCUGCACAUCAGUUGUGAGUCAAACAGUGCAGAUGUAGCCUCAGUUCUUCUUUCUCGAGGAGUGAAUCCCGGAUCUAAAGACGAAAAUGGCCAGACCUCGUGGCACGCGGCCUGCUAUAAUGGACACGAAGAGGUCAUAACCUUACUUCAGAAAGAAGAUGGAAACGUCUCGGAGAAUCUCGCCACUUUAGACAAGGAUGGUCGAACACCCUUCUCUGCUGCCCUUUACAAAGGUCAUAUCAAGCCAGCGCUGGCGCUAUUGGAGAUCCUACCAGGCGAGGCCAAUUACUACGUGUCAAAGAGCCCAACAAUGCAGGAUGUAGCAAUCACUGGUUCCUUAGAGCUUUUGACUGCAUUGCGAGAUAAGAGAAUUGCAGACUUCGAGAUUUCCAGCUCAGAAUCAACGCCUAUGCACCACCUGUAUGCUACAUGCACUCCAGAGUUUGCUCGAUGUUUAACCGAAUUCUACGAUCCCUUUUGCGCUGACAGUGCAGGGAAGUUCCCAUUCCAACUGUUCUUCGAGCGCUGGCUCGCCCACAACGUUCCUGAAAAUUUGGACAAGACGAUACCCUUGGAUCCCGAAAUGCUGAAGAUUCUCAUCCCAAAGGACCAUGAGUUUUCAAACGCUGGGGAAGUGAAGCACGCCUGGCAACUUGUUUGUGCUGGCCUGGGGGUGGAGGAGAUCUGCUGCAAAGUUGAUAUCUUCGUCCCCGGUGAAUGCUAUUAUUAUUUCUCUAGAGAUCUGGCAACACUCUUCAAUCACGGCGUUCUUUCUUCGUAUGAGAGUACAAGGAAGAUAUCUGGCUUAGUUCCACUAUUCGGAUCCCUGAAGUAUUGGACAAGAUAUCAUUUCUGCUCAACAUCGAUUCUCGCUCUUUUAUCUCAAGUCAUGGACUCUUCAAAAUUUAAUAUUUCGCUUCAGGCUGUCGACGAUAGCUACCUUUUCUUCAACUUAGCUAUGUCGAGGGCCAGUCCAGAAGUUAUAGUUAAGCUCAUUGAUCUCGGUGUUGACCUUCAUCGACGGGUCCCUGAGGAUAUGUCAAGCAGCCCAACGUCACUAUUUGAGACAGCGUGUGGGGAAGCAAAUAUCGAAACAUUCAAGGCCAUUCUGGAGAAUGUUACUUCUCAAAGUAUCAACGCUGUUGGCCUGACUGGCCAAAGCCCACUCGAGCUGGUUGUCAAAGGCUCAAGCCUAGAUAAGACAUCCCUGAUCAAAGCACUAGACGAAAAGGGACUAGUUCACUCAACUAUCGCCCCUGCAACACCCUUGAUCAUUGAGGCUGCAAAACAAAACGACUUAUCACUGGUAAAGUGCCUAUCGGAUAUUGGACACGACCCCUUUGCUGUUGACUCUCAUGGCUGGGGAAUCCCCCAAUGGGCCAUCACCAACCGCCAGCUUGAUAUACUCAAGUGGAUAGUCGAAAAGUCUUCUAGUACUUCCCAAUGGCAGCUUGCUCCAUGUGCCACAUGGACAAGCACGGACGAGGCAAAGACAAGGAAACAGAUACUUGACCACGAAGUCAGUUUACUACACUUUUCAGCUGACUUACCGGAUUUCCUAUCAUACUUCUUCGACAAUCACUUCUUUGAUAUCAAUAUCAGCACUCCCUACGGAAGAACUGUGCUUCACUAUGCAGCGAUGAGGGGGUCUAUGGCUUGCUGUCUGAUGUUGUUAGAUCAGGGGAUAAAUCUCUCUGCUCAAGAUCAUGAAGGGAAGCUUGCAGUCGAUUAUGCGCUGGAGACUGGUUUCAACGAGCUUGCCUCGUUGUUACUAGCGUCAGGCUCUCCCCUUCCCCGAGGCCAGGUUGCAGCCACAGGAGAUAUGAUAAAGGAUUUGACAUCCAAUGAAGGACUAAAGCUUGCGCGAAGACGAGUAUUUGAAGAUUCCAUUAUGAAUGGCAAUCUUGAGCAGUGCAAAAUUGCUGUCAGUCAAGGGUGUUUGAUUAACCAGCCUUUGCCAAGUUGUCACUCCUGUCCACCUAUCUUCACCGCUAUAAGAGCUCAGAAACCCGUAAUCGUCAAUUGGCUACUCGACGAGGGUGCAAGCACAAACAGCUGUUUCUGCAAACGCCACACAACACUGAACCUAUUCUCUCAUGCCGUCAUUGCCAUGGAUUCAUCAUCCUUUAUUGAGAAAUUGCUAUCAACUGCUUUGAAGUCGCGAUCAAUCACGCACCUACAACUUGUGGGCGCCAUUUGCCAGACUAUUGGCAAAAACAACUUGAAUGUCCUGAAGCUCAUAAUGAGUCAGUUCAGAGAGAAUAUCAACGAAUAUUACAACGCAUGGAAUGGUGGGCUUGAUUCUACCCUUGACGGUGAUACAGCUGAACAGUUCAAAUCAGCUCUUAUCAAUUGCCACAAUCCGGUCGGAUUUUUAAAUAGAACACCACUGCAAGCUGCUGCAUCAGUUGGAAAUGCCGAGAUGGUAAAGUUCUUGAUACAUCAGGGCGCUAAUGUGCAUGCUUUUGAUCAGCGUCACGAUACACCUUUGAUCAUCGCCGCCGGCAAUAACCAUGUCCUUGUUGUGAGAGAGCUAUUACGACACAAUGCCUUUGUUGAAACUAGGAACAUGUAUGGUAACACUGCUAUGUCAUUGGCUGUUUUCAUGGGCCAUUUGGACACAGUAAAAAUCCUGGCAGAAGAGCGGCCAUCUUCGCUACAGUAUAGGAGCAUAGAGGGGUCGAAUUUGCUUUGUAGGGCAGCGCAGGGAAGUUCAUCACUGGCGACUUUCAAGUACCUUCUGUCAAAAGGGCUUAAUAUCCACUAUGAGAGCGAUGACGGAAUACCUAUGCUUGCUUUCCCUUUGCUUCAAGGCAAAUAUGUCGACUAUCUAUCUCAUUCCCGGUGGCUCGAUGGACCUUUACCUGCUCAUCCACCAAAUCCAGACAGCAUUCUCAACGGCGCCAUCACAUUCUGCACAACGAGCCAGAUCAAGCGUUUAUAUAAGUCUUUACCACCCCAGGAUGCGGGUGUUCUGUUAAACAUGAGGAGCAGAUACCAAGGGUCACCGCUUUGUUUAGCGGUAUGCAGAUUCGAUGCGAAUACGACCAGUCUCUUGGUAGACCUUGGAGCGGACGUGAAUAGGGUGGGCUCAUGGUUUGGAACACCACUUAUGUGUGCCAUUUCUAUCGGGAAUUUUGAACUGGUCAAGUUGCUUGUCCGACGAGGCGCCUGUCUGGAAUACACUGAUGAGAAUGGGGACAUGGUCAGUGGAGUAAAAAGUAGUCUGCCUUAUCCGGAAAUCACUCGGUGGCUACUGGUUGGAAGGUUUCAAGACCAGAAGAAGCUGAGAGACCAUGCUUUUAAUGGCGAGUGCGUUAUAAGGCCAUGGAGUGGCAAAAGGCAGUACUCGACAAUACUGAAAGGCUCUUAUGGCCGUCGGCGGGAAGAGUCGACUCUUGAUUACUGUAUCAGGCUUGCGGGGUUGAGAAGGAUG